AUGGCAAGCUCUGAUGAUGCGACUCGGUUUUCUCCCAUCACACCGGACGACCAUGCUGGCUCCGUCUGGAUAUCUGCAUCCUUAUGUCUUAUCUAUUCGGUCGUUACUUUUGGGUUGAGAGCACACAUACGACGAAAAACGCAUGGGACAGAUGAUUACCUGGCGUUCGUUGCAACAGUGCUUCAACUUGGAGAGGUCGCUGCCGUUAUGGUGGGCCUUCACCACGGACUGGGCAAAACGCAAGAAUUGCUUCGUCAAAGUGAACUAACACAGGCCAGCCGUGCUGCUUUCGCUAGCGAGAUUCUGUUCCUCCUGGCCCUUUCCGCUGCCAAAGCCUCGACCUUGUAUCUAAUGAUGAGGCUCUUUAAUUUGAGUGGUUCGAAAGCAACCUUUGAAGGACGCUCAAGAAUAUUCUACUGGUUUGCUCUCGCAUUUCUCACAGCCGCGGGACUCUGGGGGAUUCUUUCAGUGGUAGCGAUCUCUGUCGACUGCUCCACAGCCGAUUUUAUCCGAGGCAACGCUUCUCAGUGUUCGCGCCAGUUCUUGCGGUGGCAACUAAUAACAGCCUUCGAUGUGGCAAUUGAAUGCCUCAUGAUCCUGCUUGCCAUUGUGAUAGUCCUGCCUGUACACAUUUCUCUUGCACUGAAAUGCCAGGUGGUUCUCGCCUUCUCCUUUCGUCUGCCCCUGGUCGCCCUGUCCGUCCUACACCUCAAGUUCAUCUCUGAGUACACCACGUCCCGCAAUCCAGGGGUUGCCUUUGUGACUGCGCUCGUCCUGCAGCAAGUCCAACUCUGCUGGUCCCUGAUAUCGGCCACUAUACCAAACCUCAAGUCGUUCGUCAAGAGUUUCAGCAGCGGAUUCGGCAUCCAGCUGGACCCUUCGAUUUCGCAAGCCUACGGCUCGGGUGGUCGCUCUCGUCGACAUUCCGGGUACGAACUUGGGUCGUUUGGCAAAGGCAAUUCGAAGAACCGUUCGGCCGAUCGUUCUGCAAACGACACCGAGGAACCAGGCACGUCUCCACAAGAUAUGCGCAACGAUAGCAAGGCAGGGGAUCAAGAGUCGGUCGACAGUACAGGUAGUCAAGAUCACAUAAUCCGGAAGGACGUUCAGUGGACCAUUCGUUACGAGACGGAUACGAAAGGGAAUUGA